GUGAAUAAUAUGUCCUUGGAUAGCCUUUGAAGUCUAUUAUCUCAAUUGAGUGGUCUUUGUUCGAGGAGAGAAGGCUUAUCUUACAAAAAUCGAGCUGGAACGAGCAGAGGUCUGUGAACUCGAGCUGUGAGAGUGCUGAGACUGUUUGGUCGAUAUCUCGAGUUUUACAAAUCCAAUUAAGGCGUGUGAGAUACCCACAGAAAGCUCUCAAGACGAGGAAUCCGUGAAGGUCUGGUUUGAAGGAAUCGGAGUUGUGUAAGGCUUCCAAAUCGUCCGAGCAAAACACAACCUCGCAGGAGAGGAUUUAAUCUUCUAAAAGAAACGAGUUGACCGGGAAACACCCGUUCUAGGGGCUGUUUUCGUAUCAACGAUUAAGGGUUGAACUAGCACUUUGAGGAGGCUGUUUAACACUCAUAUUUGAGCAAGGAAUCAGUUCCAAUUCCACCUUGACCAAAGCUUUGACCAUUGGACCAAGAAGGGAAAGUUUAAAGCUCAAAUGAGGUUGAGGCUAGAGCUUGCUUCCUGUGCUCGUUGAUCGAGUGAUUCCUUGGAGAGAAGACUUGAAAUGGACCGUGGUGGCAGGAUUACUAGGAGAAACCCGACCGGCCGUGUACCAGAGGAGACUGGACAGGGCAGUCGAAGGACCUCUAGGGCAUCUAGAGGAGCUGGCCGUGGAGGCCGAUCACAGACCGUGAGUGACGGUCAUGUCGACACAGAAAGUGAAACCUACUGGUCCUAUGAGGACUCGACUUACCAACCGGGGACCGAGCCGGUUGAGACCCCUUACGAAGGGGAUGACGAUGAUGUGAGCGAUGAAGAGGGGGAGAAUGACUCCCUAGCAAGAAUAGAGGCGCUGCUCCAACAAUAUCACCGUGAGCGUGAAGAGAGGAGGGAACGCCGAAGGCACCGGGCUGGGCAACCUUCGGGCAUGGCUUCACGAGGAGGAAGUCAUGGUGCAUCUAGAGUCCAUGUGGAACCACGUGGAGGCCAAAAUGAUGGAGGUCCAACCAUAAGGAUCUCCAAGUACAUCAAAGAAGCAAGAGAUUUGGGGUGCAAACCCUUUGAUGGAGCAGGGGACAUUUCAGUGGCAGCACAAUGGAUCAAGAGGCUAAAUGAAGCGGCCCUUGACAUGCAAAUCGCGCCGAAUCUCAAACUGAGAAUUGCGGUAAGAUUGCUCGAGGGGAUGGCAUCCAAGUGGUGGGAUGGAACCAAGAACAAGUACGGUGAGACCGUCGUUUGGGAGGACUUCCAACGGGAGUUCUUUGCCCAAUACUAUUCUGAUUUCGAGGUGAAUAAGAAGGUGAGGGAAUACACCCUCCUAACCCAAGGGGGUAACAUGUCAGUGAAGGAGCUUGAGUACAAGUUCCGGGAUCUCGCCGACUACAUACCGGAGUAUGCUUGUGACGAGAACCGCAUGGUGAACCACUUUUGGGACGCUCUUGACUUGGAGAUACGUGAUAGGGCAACGCAAUUGCCUAAUAUGACUUUCGCCCAAGUGGUUGAACAAGCAUUGAAAGGGGAGAAACAGUGGGAGGAACGGAAGAAGAGAGACGCCGAAGAGGCGAAGAAGAGAAAAUGGGAGAGUCAUGGCUCCCAAGGUUCCAACAAAAGGGGGAACCACGGAGGAGGAUCUUUCCGGGCACCACCGCCACCAUCAAGGGGGAACCAAGGCCCAAGUGGGCAAGGCUCGAGGUCACAGACCUCAGUGGUAACUCGUUGCAACAAUUGCAAGAGGAACCAUUCCGGUAAAUGUCGCGACCCCCCUAGAUGUUUCCAAUGUGGGGAUGCCGGGCAUUUGAAGGCACAUUGCCCACAACUGGGCGGGGCAAGGACAUCGGGACCAAGUAGUGGCCCGACGGGUACACGGAAUCAGACCGGGGCUUCUCAAGCAAGCAGGGGGCAAGGGGGAGCAAGUGCGAGCAACGCGCCAUCCGUGAACCAAGGGAGGACCCAGGCUAGGGUCUAUGCGAUGACGGAGGCGGAUGCUCAAGCUAACCCGGACUCCGUCGCAGGUUGAGGCUAGAGCUUGCUUCCUGUGCUCGUUGAUCGAGUGAUUCCUUGGAGAGAAGACUUGGUUCGUGCUUCCUCCAUUCUGUUUUUAAAUAAUAUUAAACUUGCUCAUGGAUAUUUUACUUUAGAGCCUGCGUGCUCAUGUUUGCCCUGUGUGGCCCUUUUGUUUUAAACAAUGUUUUCCGCUGCGUAUUCAAUUGUUUAUUAUGUAUGUUUAUGGAUG